CAUCAACAAUAGCUGCUUGAAUUCCUUCCGAUACGACAUGUUGGUCUUUGCACGUCAUGCAUGCCGGCGACAGUGAGGGCGCCGCACUGCGGCAUCUGCCGUGAUGCACUUGUUCCUCUGCCAUCAUGUCCGGUACUCAGUAUAUCCCUCACAUACUAUACUCAACCGCUUUGACCUCAAUUUCUAUGCAUUUGCUGUGGCAGCGAAAAACAGCUGACGAGGACCGAGCGAGAUUCAAGGCUCAGGCAUCCAUCCUGCAAGACCUCAUUGAGCAACUUCGUUCGGGCAAGUCCAUCUCCGACGAAGAAAUAACGAAGUCGCGUAACCUUGCACGUAUACAUGGGGAGGGCAAACAGUCACCCGACAAGGAAGGAACUAACAUUGGAUGGAUGGAUGUGGUAUGGGGCCGGAAAACGACUGCAGACCUUGGUGUCAGUGAUGAAUGGGAACGAAAGGAUUUGGAACAAAGUGAGUCGUUCCUGCUGUCACACGCAUCAUCCAACUGACUGGUCCGCCCAGUACGCAAAGAAAUUGAGGCAGAGCAUUGAUACAUUCUUCUAACAAAUAUUGCUUGGUGAGCGUCAUCCAAGCGUCUUCUACCUGUACACAAUAUACAUCGGACCAAUACAUCUACAGAGUGUAUAUGCGCUUACAAAAA